AUGCCGCUCCCAGAAGCCGUGCCGCAGCCGUCUAUGGUGUUUGAAACAACCGUUGUGAUGUGCGAGGCCGAGUUUGACGAUGUCGUGAUUGCCGUGGAACUCGCUGUGAUCACUGUCAACGUAGACUGGGACGCCGUCAUUCCACUCGCACUCGUGGAGCCGGUUGGGCUGGUCAAUGUGAUUGUGGUGCUCGAAAUGACAAUAAUCGAGUACGUCGAUGACAACAAGCUUGAACUCGACACGUAUGGCAUUGUCGAUGGACUGGGUGACGAACUCGACGAAUCUGGGCUCCUUGUCGUCCGAGACAUUGACGACACUGCUGAUGUGGUGAUGACAACGGUGGUGCCGCUGAUGACGGUCACUGUGGUCGUUCGAGAUGCGCUGUUCAGUAUCGGGCCACCCGAGUUGGAUGAUGAAGGAGAAGACGAAGAUGAACGAGACAAAGAAGAUGAAGCAGGUGAGGACAUUGCGGUACUCGAUGCAAGAGUCGCACUAGAUCUCGACAUUGUCACUGCGGUCGAUGUCAUGUUGGCAUAUCGGCUGGACGUCGACGUUGCCCUGAAGACACCAGACGUGGCGGUGAAGGAGGUCGAACUGGUGCCAUUUGCCAAACACGACGCCGGUAUGGAGAAACAACACGGCAGACCGGUUGUCGAGGACGAAAUGGGCUCAAGUGCACCGGUAUAG